CAGUGGAGCCAGCGGCCAUCAGUGUCCAUUACAAACCACACCCUGCACAGCGUUACCAAAGUAAUUCUGUAGGAUAUACACAGGAAAGGCACACAGCAAUUACUGUUGUUUGGGAAUCAAAAUAUUAGCUUAUCCUUAUGUUGGAAAAACAGACCUACAUUCUGAAAACCUUACGAAGCAGAAUACAGAACAUGCUGAGUAAGAGGCUUUCCACCUUUCCAAAAGGUUUAAGGAGUGCUAAGUUACUCUCAGAUGUACUGCAAGGAUUGCUCUUUCCACCCAGGAGACACAGCAGUUCGUGAGGUUUUUGAAGAGACUGGCAUCAAGUCAGAGUUCAAGUCCAUCCUAAGCAUCAGGCAGCAGCACAAGCACCCUGGAGCCUUCGGGAAGUCGGACAUGUACAUCAUCUGCCGCAUGGAGCCCUCCUCCUUCCACAUCAGCUUCUGCCAGCACGAGUGCCUCCGCUGCGAGUGGAUGGACCUGGAGGAGCUGGCCAGGACGGAAAACGCCACGCCCAUCACCAGCAACGUGGCCAAGCUCUUACUGUUCGGGUACCGGGAAGGGUUUGAUAGGAUUGACAUAACCAUGAGGGAGUUCCCAGCUGUCUACACAGGCCUGUUCUACAAGCUCUACCACAGGGAGCUGCCCGAGCCCUACAGAAACAUGACAUGAUAGCAAUACAGUUCACAUUUCUUUAUAGUAAUAAUUUAGAAUUACUGCAGUGUUGAAUAUUAUAGUUAUCUGUGGACUUAUUUUUAGGUAAUUAUUAGAACAUAAUUAUUCUCUGAUAAGCUAAGAUAUAAAUUAUUUUUAAAGGUAAUUAUUGCUAUGAGUGUGCAUCGGGUUUGUUCUCCUCUACUCCAUAAAGCAAGCAUAAGGUAAAUAAAAUACAUAGGUACCUAGUGUUACUGAUCCUGAAAAUAUAUUCUGCAAGUCAUUUUACCUCCACGCACACUGGCACAACAGGUUUAAAGAGCAAUAUAAAGACAGUAUGAAACAUUCAUGGUUUAAUCUGGUAUCUGCAAAAGUAGUUAUAAUAUCAGCAAAUAAUUGCUUAUAUUUGGCUACUUCAGAGAGGAGGAGUAGGAAAGGCGACAUCUUCAGUGCUGUGUGGCACUGGUGCUCAGAAUCUGCCAUGGAAGUCAGCUUUUAGCAGACAUGGGAAGGAAAAGGAUAGCUUUCUGUCCAGGUCCAGUUUUUGGUCCAGGUUUGUACUGUCCAGUUCUUUUCAGUGCCACGUACCAAUCUGAGUAUUUCCGUGACCGGUAAGUGUUGUAGUUAUUGGAUUCCAAACGUUCAAAAAAGAAACAUUCUUCUGUUGCGUAUUUCUAAAAGGGAAAAGAGAAAGCAUUACUGGUGUAGCACCACAAAUCAAUUCUUCACA